AUGGCUGCUGAAAGCCAUAGAACCUUUGAGUGGGGCAAUGACAACAAUGAACUUUCUGGGGGCUUCCAUGACAACGACAACAACAACAACAACAUGAAUCAUCGAGACUGUGUUUUAAUAGCUGAAAGAAGCAUCGAUAACAAUCAGAAAGUAUUGGAAGCUGCCAGAGUUGGGCCAGGCUAUGAAAAUCAGCUGAAAGACCUCAUGAAUGCAGAGAUCUCACCCUACCUGCAAAAGUUUGAUGGGAACUUGAAAGACAACAUUUACUAUGAAAACCUGUUCCAAAGUAUUGCUGACAAUUUCACCGCAGAAGCUUCCAAACUGCCCAGAGCACCUGGAUGCUUUCCCCCAUGUGGUUUCCAGGCAUAUGGUGCUGGCUACAACUGCAUCAAAUGUCAGUACGACACCUGUGAAUACCCCAUUGACUGCCCAAUGAUGUGGAAGUUGCCUGGAAAUAUGCUGAAGAGUAGACAGGGUAGAAUGUUUUUAACCUUGAAGUGUCUCUUAAAGGUUAAAACACAGCAGGUGGAAAAGUUCAAGGAGGUGACUGUGGGGAUGGACCGACUCUAUGCCAUUCCAUCUGUCCAUUUUGACGACCAGGGCACAUAUCAGUGUGAAGUCUUCUCUCGAGGCAAUUCCAUUAUUAGAAUCUACUACUACCUAACAGUGACUCCUCAGGUGGUGGUAGGUCAUGCUGAACUGCAGGAUAUAUUUAACAUCGCUCUCCUUCCGGGGGGUCAAAUCCCACCCCACCUAGUUGCUGCACAUGAACUCACCCUGAUAGAUGUUCCCUCCCCUGCUCUCCUGACUGCGUGUCUGACUGCAAUGCUGUUGAUGCUCUUCCUUUCCAUGGGGUUUUUGUACUGGUGGUGGACUCAGAGAACAGAGUCCAGUCCUGAUGAAUAUCAAGCUCUGAGCCGCCCAGUGACGAGAACAGUUUUGCUUCAGUGA